AUGAUGGAAUAUAAGUUGGAGCAGUCACUGUUGGGCCACCAAAAGGGUGUAAGAUGUAUAACUCAUGUUACAGAUCCAAUAGAUACGUCUGUAAAAUUUGCCUCGGGAGGGGAAAUGGGCGAAGUUAUUGUUUGGAAGAUCACAGAUAUAUCUUUUGAACCAUUCAUACAGUUUGAGCCACACAUUAACACUGUCAUGUGUAUAACUUCAGCGUUUGACAAAUUUACAAAUUCUACAGUUGUUUAUAGCGGGGGAAGAGAUACUGUAAUUGUCAAGUCCAGCAUACAUGGUAAUACACUAUUGAAAUACACAGGGCAUAUUGGCCCUGUUUGCAGUAUAUCCCUAGUGGCUGAGAAGGGACUAUUGCUAUCUGGUAGCUGGGACGGCACAGCCAUCAUUUGGAAUUUAGAAUCUACCGCUGUUAAAUACAAAAUUGAUGGGUUUCAGUACGGGGUCUACCCAUCAUUUUGUUUAACCAAUGGUUAUGUAUAUUUGGGCUCCCAGAAUGGCCAUAUCACUGUGUGGAAUGGUAUAGAAAGAGUAGACAUAGAUAAUACACUUCAUAAGGAUGCCGUUAGGACGGUUAGAAUUUACAACCAAACAAUUUUAACAUCUUCCAAUGACACAACUGUAAAGACUUUCAAUCUAAAGUUUUCUGAAAAAAAGGAAUUUUGUGGCCAUACUUCAUUCGUUUACGACGCGCAUAUAACUAGUGACGGUGCUAGUGUAAUUAGUGCAUCUGAAGAUUUCACUGUUAUUGUUUGGGAUAUACAAUCGGGUAAAUCUGUACAAGUAAUUCCCCACCCUUCGACAGUUUGGCAAACUUCUAGCUUUGGGAAUCGUCUAGUGACUGCUUGUCAAGAUGGCAGGGUUAGGAUAUAUAAUAAAGAUCCGGAAUUCACUCCGGAUCCAGCCCUCACAUCAUUCGAUACCAAUGUAGAUGACAUUAGCACAGUUACAAACACUGCUGCGAGUAGCAACAAUACGUAUUAUGCGGGCGAUUCGCAAUUUCCCGCUGGGAAUUACGACUACAUUUUCAAGGUGGAACAGAAUGGUAAAUAUUAUUCAUUGCCAUACAACCGCGGUGAUGAUCCCAGAAGCGUGGCAGAAAAAUUUUGUAAAAAUACCAUGAUAAGCAUUAACAAUGUUGGUACUAUAACAGAUUUUAUCAUCAAAAAUGUACCACAUGCACGAAUUGAAACCCCAAUAAUUUCGGUUCCCCUGCCCAUAAACUUCCCCAAUGUAUCGAAGGAUAAAUUGUUGGACAAGAUUACGGAAUUUAACAAGUUAGUUUCAGGCGAAAUAAAAUUGACAUUAAUUGAGUUAGACAGUAUCAAACAAUGUUUAUACGAAGAUAAAACAUUGGAUACUUACAUUUUAUCGAAGUUAUAUUUAUGGCCCAAACAACAAUUGUUGCCCAUACUGGAUCUAUUAAGGAUACUACCACUGAAAUUAGAUUUUAACAUAACAGUUGACUAUGUAAAAUUGCUUAUCCAAGUUAUUGAAUCUUGCGAAAGUGAAAUAUUUGUAUCACUUGCACUUAAAACUAUUGCCAACUCACUGUACCUAACUGUGUCAAAAAUGAAGAUGGAGAAUUAUAUGCCCCAAAUUUGCAACAUUUUAUUGGAAACAGCUAAAAAUGCUACUUUGCGCAUCCAACAGCCUUUAUCCGUCAUCGCGCUUAAUUACUCUCAUAUUUUAAUCUCUCGACGACACUCGGAACAACGUAGGCACCUAUUGAAGUUAAUUGUUGAGUGUCUUAGAACGUGCAAAUCUCACAUUGACAAUUGGGGAUUAUCUGUUUCUAACCGCUUCAUAAUGGCAUUAUACAAGUUACAAUUAGUGGAGCCCAAGAUUCUAUCUGGCUCCAAUGAUGUCGGGGAGCUUUUACUCAACAUAUCGAAAUUACAACCACAAUCCUCACUGCCCAAUGAUGUUAAAGAGGCAUUAGCGGCGGUAACUAGUUCUAUUUAUAAUUAA